ACUUGUGUCAGGAUUGGGACGACCUUAAAGUGUUCGAUAGAAUGCCCAGUAGAGGGGAGUGGGUUAUAAUCUCUCGAGACGAUAGCUCCUUAUUACCAGAGCAACUAGAGGUUGGCUGCCUUCCACUGCUGUGCUGUGUGUUGCAAUAUUUAAUCACCAAACAAGUACUAAUAAUCUAUUGAUUUAUCUUUGCACACAAUAUUUAAGUAUUCUUGUUUCUUCGAUAUUAAAUAGGUAGAUUAUUAAUGAUAAAUAGAUUGUUGUGAGUUCAAACAUAUUAGCAGGUGCUUUGGCUUACUAUGCAGUGUGGUAUGGUAGGGGAGCAUAUUUUAGAGGGUAUGCACAUAAGGGUACACAUAUGAUCUCUUUUUUUUUUUACGAAAGCCACCUUUGGAUGAGCAUAGAGUAUAGUUGUGUGCGGGUUACCUUGCCUUUAAGGUGUUCGUUAUUUUCUAUCAGCACAGAGUAUGAAACUAUCUUAAGGUGUACGUUCCCUUCUUGCCUGUUCCGUGACGCACCCAUGCGCGAAGGCGCGAGCUCAGCUCGUGACCACGACGCCGUAUCGCCUCGGCCUAGCCAGCUCGCAAGUCGCAACCGAUUCCCCAUCUCCGCCUCUGCUCAUCUCCACUCGCCCGCCGCCGGCUCACCUCUCGGCGACCCGGCCUCAGAAAGCGUCGGUGGAGCGGGGCCGGGGGCCCGUCAACCGGCCCAUCAAACAAGCCGUUGGCAACAACGCGUACAGGAAGAGGGAGAGGUGUGGGUGUGUGCAGUUAGGUGCGGCGCCGCCGCCGGGCGGAGUACAUCACUUCGGCGGCGCUCUCCCGGCUACCGAGCAUCACCCAUGGCACACAAAGGGCCCGACGCGCCCGGUGUCAGUGGCAUCAGCAGCGGCAGCACGGUGAAGCUCAAAGACCUCGCCCCGGCGGCCACCAACAACGUGAACACGACGUUCAUCGUGCUCGACAAGGCGGCCAGGGCGCCGCCGCCGCCGCCGCACGGCCGCGCCGACGCGAGGGAGGAGACGUGCCUGGCGCUCGUGGCCGACGAGACGGCGGCGGCGCACUUCCUCCUGUGGGGCGCCGAGCGCGACGCGUUCGAGCCGGGCGACAUCGUGCGGCUGACCGGCGGCAUCUUCUCCUACCACAGGAGCAACAGCCUCGUGCUGCGGGCCGGGCGGCGCGGCCGCGCCGAGAAGGUGGGCGAGUUCACGAUGCUGUUCGUCGAGACGCCCAACAUGAGCGAGGUGAAGUGGGUGCGCGACCCCGGCGACCCCAGGAGGAUGGUGCAGGAGGCCGUCGUCUCGCCGCACUCUCAGGUCUUCAAGCCGCUGCAGUGACUGACUGACUGACCGACCAACCAACCUAAGGUUUGGUUCUUCUGUCACUGAAUUUUUUUGUGGCACCGUUGUACAAUUGCUCAAUGUCGAUUAAGGUGUGAUUAGCUCAUAAAACCCUGCUUUGAUUAAGGGCAAAUUAAACUGGAUGAUUGAGAGAGAGAAAAAAAAAACUCGUAGGGCAUGUUUGGCAUAGUCUC